AUGCAAUCUCUCUAUAUUGUUGUAGAUCGUCUUCUUUCGGGAACAGUUACUGGGAAACAAUCGGAUAUAAUCCGUGAGUGGUGCAGAGAUUGUCUCAGAGACUGCCAACAACUGCCGUUCACCCUUCUGUUGGAAGCAGUAAAUUCGGACUCGUUUCGGAAUUCUCUUUCGCCUUUUACGACAGAAAGAGAUACUUUCGGAGGAUUAUCAAGAUUUACAGCGAGAACGUGCCGAAGAGAUGCGAGAUCAGUUACUUAG